ACACAUACAUUUAUGCAGCCACCGGUAAAUUCCAAUGCUGAAUUCUAAUAACUAAGCAUCGUCAACAGCCAAAACAGGUUUGAUGUGACGAUGCAAAUUUGGCAAUAAUCAGUUCUCAUGUAAUUACCGUCGCGAAAACAAGUUCCCCCCCGUGUGACAAGUGUUAGUGAACAAAACCUAAUAAUCUUGUAAUUUUACAAAAAAAACAGUGAACAUUUAAUCAACACUACAAAAAAACCAAGAACAUUGUUAAUAUUAAAAAGUGAAAAAUAAAUUGUGAAACUAUAUAACUUAUGUGCUAAAACUUAUAAACUAAUGAAUUAAAACUAUUUAAUUUAAAACUUAACAUCUAUUAAAAUAAAACUUUGUGAAUUAAAACCCAAAUAUAAAUUAUCCAUAAUAAUACUACUUAAACUAAAUUGCACUACCCCAAAAAUCUAAAUAAAAGACUGAACUAAAACUGAAACAAAAAAAUAUAUCUCUUAUAAUUUAAACAGGCAAAAAAGGUAAGCCUAAAAACAUUUGGUCCUCCAGAGCCGGAUCAAAAAGUGAAAGUUUUUUAAGUUAUUAAAAAAAAAAAAAAAAAAAAAAAAAAAAAAAAAAAGAACAAUUUGUGAGUGGACGGACAAACAAAAGAACAGUGAGAAAAAAGAAAGUGAAAUAGAAAAAAAUACAGUGGGGUUAAAAAAUAAGUGCAAAGUUAAAAAAGUGUUGAAAAAAAAAAAAAAAAAACUUUGGAAAAAAAUUGAAAAAAUUUACAAAAAAUAGACAGUACACAGUGCAACAAAAAGUUAAGUUACACAGUGCUACAAAAAAAAUAAAAUUUUUUAAAAUUUUAGAAAAAUUAAAUUUUUUCUUCAAUUUUAAAAAAUAUAAAAUCUAAAAAAUUAAUAAAAAGUUGAAAAAGUUUUUAUACAAUAAAAAGACAAUACACAGUUGAUACACAAGAGACAAUAUACCGUGACACAAAGAGCAACAAACCCGAAAAUUGUGGAAACAGCAGUAAAGGAGAAGCGGACGGACACACGCAGCACAACAACAACAACCAAGGUACAACAAAGGAGACCCAAAACCCAAGAUCAAAAUAUGGCCGCUUACUUGCCCAACCAGGACUGCCGUCUGGACGAUCGCAACCGUAGCCCAGACUCACCUGCCCGUCCAACAGCAAGAAGCGCCAAUCGACCCAUACGGCCAAUCCAUCGUCCCAGUUCCACAUCCCCUGAAAGACGUCAACGAAGCCGAUCCGACGCAAGACCCCGCCAACGUCAAGAAAGACCAAGUUACUGGCAGUAUUCAUGUGGGCUAUGCCAAGAUGACCAUGCCCUCAGUGCCUGUGAACGAUUCCGCAGACAGACGCCCUUCCAGCGGUAUGAGACCGUGGAGCGUCGGGGAUAUUGCCGCAAUUGCCUGGCGAGAAGUCAUUUGGCCCCCGACUGCCCGUCUUUAACUGGUUGCCGGAGAUGCAACGACCGGCACCAUACCUUACUGCACGGGGCGUCUCAGUUGGACGAGGUAUCCCUCAACAUCGAGGCCAUUACAACCCCAGCCUUCGCAUGGGAUUUGGUGUUUGUACCAACAGCGAUGGUACGCAUAACGGCCGAGGGCAUGGAGGGUUUUAGUAUGCUGCGAGCCAUUAUUAGCCAAUCUGCGACGAUGUCCAAGAUUUCAUAUGCCGCGUUCCGUCGCCUGGGUCUGCAGUCGCGAGAGUACAAAGGGGAGCGAUUCACCACCUUCACCGUUUCGCCCCGCCGCACAAACAGUACUUGGAGUCUGAAGGUAAAUGCAGUAAUUAUCGACGAUCUCCCCAGACGCAUUUACUCAGACCCAAUACUAGAAGACCCCACGAGAUGCUUUACAAAUUACGCCCUUGCUGACCCUGAUCCCCGAGGAAAUAGUCCAAUCGAUGUGGAACUGGGAGCGGACACGUACUCCGCCAUAAGGAAAGAUGGGUGUACAGCAGCUGGUAUUGGAGAUGUCCUGGCCUACAACACUCAACUGGGCUACGUGUUUGCUGGGCCAAUCAAGAACAUGCCGAGGAACUGAAGACCGAAGAUCCUUAUGUGAACAUUUAAUCAACACUACAAAAAAACCAAGAACAUUGUUAAUAUUAAAAAGUGAAAAAUAAAUUGUGAAACUAUAUAACUUAUGUGCUAAAACUUAUAAACUAAUGAAUUAAAACUAUUUAAUUUAAAACUUAACAUCUAUUAAAAUAAAACUUUGUGAAUUAAAACCCA